UGGGAGCAGAGCUGGGGGGAGAGCAGUAACUACUUUAGGGACCUGGAGAUGGUCACCCAGGUUUUAAGCCAGGUUUUCAGUGCUGGGCUCUCUCUGGAGAGCUGCAUCACCUCCUUAGCCCAGCACUACCAAAAGUGUGUUUCUAAGAGCCCUCCUGAUGCCAUGAUGUGCUCUGCUCCCUAUCCUGAUCACCGUGCUGCUCGGGCAGCUCUCCAGAGCCUGCCUGCCUUUGGUUUGCUUCUCACCCCUCUGGCGUGCCAGGGUAAGCCAUCUCAGAGCUCCAAACAGGCCUCCCCCACCACAAGUCCACUGGCAGCUCCUCGGCUCCCCAUGGCUCUUCAGCAUCAGCCUGAAAUCCCCCAGGCUCUCCUCCUCCAGCGCGAGCCUGCGAGCCCUCAGUCCUCAUCAGAUCCUUCAUCUCCUGCGGCUAAACUGGAGGCCACAGAAAACCUGGAGGGUGACAGCGAGAAGGAGAUUAACCGAAGGACUGAAGAACGCAUCAAGCAGUCUUUGAGCGAUAUUUGCACGGAGCCCGCUGCCAGGCUGUGCCUGAGUGAGUUUGCAGUGGUUCAGAAGUCCGUGCAGCUGAUAGGCACCAGGGAGGACGCUCUCAGCAUACAGGUCCUGGAGGAUGCCCACAGGGUGGACCUGAAAGGCCUGAGCAGGUGCACUUGCCACUUCAACCAGAUGUUCCAGCUGCCCUGCCGGCACAUCCUGGCCGUGCUGAAUUCGGACAGGAAGACCUUGCAGCCGGAGAUGCUCGGCAGACAGUGGCAGAAGGGAUGCGAUGCUCGUCAGGCUGGGCGAGACGGUGCUGAUGGCCUCUUGGAGAUCCUGAAGAGCUCCUGGAACAAGUCUUUGGAUAAAUCCCUGGUGGUGUCCUUCCUCACGGCAGAGAUCGGCCGGCUUCUCACCCACUGCAGUGGCGAGGAGUUUGAGCGCAGGUACAGAACCCUCCGGGAGCUGGCUGACAGCUGGAUCGGGCCCUACAUCAAGGUGAAGCUCUAG